AUUGCAUGAAUUAGUACACCAAGCAUUUCAAGCUCUACGUACCUUUCUAUAAACUUUUAUAAUGUACAACUUUUCGAUGUCGAAGCCAAGGUUUUCGCAAUCUGUAUGUCUGGUUAUAGGGAUCUUCAUGCUUGCCUUUCAGACACCAGGAGCGCAAUCUGUAGGUGUUUGCUAUGGGAGAGAUGGAGAUAAUUUACCGAAUGAACAGCGAACAAUUGAUUUGUUCAGGGACAAUGGUAUCGGAAGAAUGAGACUUUACGAACCAGUUCCUGCAGCACUUCAAGCUCUCAGAGGAUCAAACAUAGAAGUCAUUCUUGGCGUACAAAACCCGCAGCUUCAAUCCCUUCAAACUGCUGAAGGAGCAAGUGCCUGGGUUCGAGACAAUGUUCAAAAUUACAUGCCAGGAGUUAAAUUUCGUUACAUUGCUGUCGGAAACGAAGUUGAUCCUAAUAGUGGUAAUGCCCCGUUUGUUGGUCUUCUCCUUCCCGCUAUAAAAAAUGUGCAUCAAGCAAUUGUAGACGCGGGGCUGCAGGAUCAAAUCAAGGUUUCCACCGCGACAUACUCAGCUGUCGUCCAAGGAUUUCCUCCUUCACAGGGCUCAUUCAAGAAUAAAGACUUCAUGGAGCCGAUCAUUCAGUUUUUAGCACAAAAUAAUCUGCCGUUGCUAGCAAAUAUUUACCCUUAUUUUAGCAACCUAUAUAAUUCUAAAAAAGAUCUUCCAUACGCUCUCUUUACAGCACCGAAUGUGGUUGUGACAGAUCCGGUUGAGAAUCGCGAAUACAGGAACCUUUUUGAUGCAUUGUUGGAUACAAUGUAUUCGGCUGUUGAGAGUUCGGGAGGUCAGAACAUCGAGAUUGUCGUGUCAGAGAGUGGCUGGCCUUCGUCAGAUGGUGCAGAUGCAACUCCGCAAAAUGCAGAAACGUACUAUAAAAAUUUGAUUGAGCACGUUAAAGGAAACGGGACGCCAAAGAGACAGGGGAAAGCUAUUGAAACUUAUCUGUUUGCAAUGUACGAUGAAAACCUCAAGGGAGGAGACGCGACUGAGAAAUUUUUUGGCCUUUUCAACCCCGAAAAUCAGCAGCCCAAAUACCAACUCAGUUUUUGAGCUAUCAAUUUUAAUAAGUGUCGUAUAAUAAAAGACAAUGCUGUAUUUGGCAGUCUGGAUAAGAUAAAUAAGGUAUCAUGUAAGGUGUUCAGGAUGGAGUUUUUUGUUUGGAUCACUUGUUUGUAGUGAAACGUCAUAUACACGAAUAAUUAAAUGUUACGAUGUUAUUAACUUAGUUUGCAUUUGACAACAUGUAAUGAUAAACUUCGUUUCAGUUUUAUUUUA